AUGACGCUCAUCUGUCUCACAGAGACUCGUUCCUCAGAACAAUCACUUUCAUCUCAAGAAUCCAACAUGUCCAAAUCUCGCCAGUCUAAGGGCCAACCCGAGCCAAGGGGCGGUGAUCAGUCUACAGUCGCUCGACAUGCUCAGACUGCUCCGAUAGAAGUGCCUACUAAAGCUACAGCGAAAGCACGCAUCAUGCCCUUUGCUCUUACCUUAUAUUUCCCCGGCUUCCUCAAAACAUUUCCGAAUAUCAAGGUUUGCCGCGAUAAGCUGUCCUUUGACGAUGGAACGCUUCCCUCCGAGCAUGAGCGGUUUCUCCAAAUCCUUCCCCGGGACCAUGUGGACGAACUCCUUCAUCGUACACAACCUUGGCGGGACGAAGGGGUCCUCGAGGAUUUUAUACCUGAUGACACACUUAAGAAUUUAAUCAUACCUUUACCUUUCUCCGCAUCAGACCGAUGGGGUGACAAUUUCCAAGACGCGCGGGCUCUUUGGAGGGCCCUCGAUGAGCACAUGGGACGCAACGGAACGGGCGACCCAGAGCAGAAAAAUAUCUUAAAGAACUAUACACCUUGGAAAUUUUUUAGAUUCAGUCAGGUUUUGGAUACCGGCAAACCCCAUGUCAACUGCUUUGUCGCGGACAAAAAUCCUCUCAGGGAGGACUGA